AUGAUAGGUUUGAUUCUCUGUUCGAAGUGUCCAAAAUACCUCAAGGCAGACAUAGAUGUCACUCAAGCUGAGACUCUCAUGAACGCCACCUCCAUGGCAGAUGUCCGCAGCAUUCUAGCAGACCAGUUUAAGCUGGAAGAUCAUGAUGAGACGUCUUCUUCAUCCGUUCUGUUGGAUCUCUACUACUACACAGUACAGUUUGCUCUGGAUAAUGGCUUCAAUAAGGAGCAGCUUAGUGCCUUCUUCUCUAUCCUCAAGAAGACGCAUGAAGUAUGCAAUGAGACCCCAUUUGGUAACUUGGAGCAGACGUACAGCUACUUUAAAGAGAUGGUGCUGUGCCAUGCAGUUAAGCGUCCACCAUGGAGCAUCAACCUAUUCAGCCCAGACCAGGUUAAGAUCAUCACAGAGUACAUUCUCAAUACUUACUUCCGUCACUAUAAACUCUACAAGUACGUCUUCACACCCAUGGUCAGAUUGGACCUGUCCAUUUCCUACGCGGGGAUGCCAGAGACUCCUGUUCCCUCUGAGGCUGGUGAUGUGAAUGGCGAACAAUCAGUGGAGGGAGAGCAGUCAGAGGAACAGCUGAACAAGGAGGAAGAACAACAAAUAGAAGAGCCACCUCGAGAAGAAACUCCGGCUCAAAAGGAAUUGCGAAAGCUGAUCACAUCCCAGUUGAAUGAUGAAAUUUCCAGACUGAGGACAUCACUGGGCGAGCAGAUCCAACUAAACGACGAGGUGCUUCAGAAGAAGUUGGCGAGUGUUGACGGUGGAGGUGCAAAGAGCGGCAAAAACUCAGGCAAGGCAAAGAAAAAAUGAGUUUUCACGAUGUUACAUUUUUUUGGGUUGGUCUUUCGGGGAGUAUAAUUUGAUUCCAUCAAACCACAACCAAGACGAGCAUCAGUCUGAAGCCAUCAAAUAAACUGUGCAAGUCUUGCAUGUGUGGACCUGGUAAAAUGCACAAUUUGGUUUCCUUCUCCUAACCCAUUCAUGUUAAAUGCACUGGACACCUUUGGUAAUUGUCAAAGAUCAGGGCCCAAUUUCAUAGCGCUGCUUACCGGCUGAUUUUGUGCCUACUGUGCAAUUUCUGUUUCAUAGCGCUGCUAGCCGUAAGCGCACGAAAAUGCAUGCUAACCUUCCGGUGCUUACCGCACGAAAACAA